AUGGAAAAGCUACUCAACAGAAGAUGGACAUUGCUGAGCCCUGAAACAAAAAUUCACCAAGUUAUUCAUACACAUGGAUCGCAUGGUUCUAAUUUCCUAUUGAACACGCAUCCAGCUUAUGGUGAUGGCUUCUUGUUGGAGAUGAAUAAACAAAGGAAUAGCUUCUAUAUCUUGCGGGAUGAUUUGUUGCACCCACUAGUUAAUGGCAAUAAAGCAAGAAAACUGGAUGCACUACUUCCUCUCAUUGAAGAUUAUUCAGUGACCGAUGUGGUUACAUGCGGAGGUUGUCAGAGUGCUCACACAGCUGCUAUUGCUGUUGUGUGUGCUGAAAAAGGAAUUGUGUCACAUUUGCUUCUAAGAGGAGAGCAGCCUGAAAUCUUGACUGGCUAUAACUUGAUGUCUACAAUAUAUGGAAAUGUCACAUAUGUUCCAAGAACUAUUUAUGCCAACAGGGAAGACAUGCUAAAGUGCUAUGCUAACUCGGUGGCUGAUAACAAUGGUUCUGUCCUAUGGUUCAAUGAUAUCAUUCAAGCUUCUUCAACUACUGAAUUGUCUACUUCUCCAAAUUUUGUGCAAAUGGAUGAAAGUGGAAGUGAGGGAAACCAUCUAAGAAAAAUUUUAAUUGUCAAUGAAGGUGCAGGUGAUUCUGUUGCUCUACUAGCCUUCACUGCCACUGUUGGCUCUUCUACUACUCUUGUUUCUGUGGAUCAGAAUCCGCCUGUUUCUGUGCCAACUUUAACCCCUGAAAUGGUUCAACAAAUGAUUGUUUCUGCAUUUUCUGCUUUGGGUCUUUCAGGUAAAGUUUCUUUAUCCAGCUCUCCUUGGUACUUUGACUCUGGCGCAUCCAAUCAUAUGACCAACAAUGUUGCUUCUCUUACCAAUGUUACAAAUUACUCUGGUAAUUUACAAAUACACACUGCGGAUGGAAACAAUUUACCUAUCACAGCAAUUGGUGAUAUUUCUUCAUCUCUUACCAAUGUUUAUGUUUCCCCUGAUCUCACCAGUAACCUUAUUUCAGUUGGUCAUUUAGUUGACAGUGAUUGCAAAGUUGAAUUCUCAAAGUCUGGUUGUCAUGUGCAGGAUCAACACUUAGGGAAGGUGAUCGCGAAGGGGCCUAAAGUUGGACUGCAUUGGGUGGAACGUGGCCAUCCUAGAAAAUUUGGUAAUGUUUUGGAAGGGGAAGUGGAAGCAUGUCAGAAAAUUGCCCAACAAACUGGAAUUCUGGUGUAUCCCGUGUACACAUUGGCUGCUUGGGAAACAACAAUGCUUCUCUCUGGCAAAGAAGCUGAAGGAGGAUCAGAAGUGGUGAUGCUUCACACCGGAGGCACGCUGGGCAUGUUUGGGUUAGCACAGAGGUACAAAAACUAUUUUGGCAACCUCAAAAAAGGACUAAAAGAGAUGUUUUAGUUUAGAUGACAGGUUGAGAGGCUUUAUGUUUGUCCCAUGCAUAAUUUCCAGAUGCCUGUCUUGUUACUAUAGAAAUGCAGCGAGAGAGUUUCUAUUCCUAUUGUCCAGAGCU